AUGAAGACAUUCGUGCUGCUGGCGCUCUUCGGCGCCGCUCUGGCCGCCAGCGAUUUCGACAGGCAGUGCGCGCCUUCGGCCGACCCCGGACCUUGCAAGGGCUACUUCCCCAAGUGGUGGUACAACGUGCUGUCGGGCAAGUGCGAGCAGUUCAUCUAUGGCGGUUGCCAAGGAAACGACAACAGAUACGACACCCAACAAGAGUGCGAGAGGACAUGCGCCACUGGACCAAGUGUGCUUGACGUCUCCGCUACCGUGCGCCACGAUGUGCUCAGGAACAAGACUAAGCACACGCCUCACAAUGUGACCUCGGAAUACGCUGCUUUCAACUUGAAUGCCGGGGUAGACUUCGAGACCUCCUGCAAGCCCACGGCUGACCGGGGCCCUUGCAAGGGUUACAUGCCCAGGUGGUGGUUCAAUGUGAAGACUGGCCAGUGCGAACAGUUCAUCUACGGCGGUUGCCAGGGAAACAAGAAUAAUUACCUAAGCAGGAAGGCCUGCGAAACGAGCUGCCUCAGGCGACUGAUGCACAACUUCGCCUGUCUCAUGGAACGCGACACAGGACCGUGCCGUGCAUCCAUCCCUCGUUACUACUUCAACACGACGACCAAUACGUGCGAGGAGUUCACCUACGGAGGCUGCGAGGGAAACCGCAACAACUUCGAGACGGUCGAAGAAUGCAAGGCCAGUUGCGCUCCUGAGACAGCGUACGAGGCCAAGUGUCUCGCCAGGGCCGAGACCGGACCGUGCAUGGCUCUCUUCACCCUUUGGGCCUACGACUCCAACCUGGGUCGGUGUAAGACUUUCAUUUAUGGCGGCUGCGACGGCACCGACAACAAGUACCCCACUGAGCAAGAGUGCAUGGCGACCUGCAGGCACCCAUCGACAGAGCUGGUCGAGGAAUACGUCCUGGCAACCCGGCGGCUGGCAGAGUCCUACAAUACGACUGAACAUGAGGGCAUCAUCUCUAUCCCGGAACUGGUGUCGGAGCCCGGUAAGUGA